AUGCUCCACCUAACUAAAUAAUAAGAGAGUAAAAAUGAAAUCAGAUGGGAAUCAAGUAGCGUCACAGGAAUCACAGCUAAAGCAGUAUAUAGAUAAAACAGAAAUAAAUUUCAGCCCUAACUGAUUAAAGCUGAGUAAAAAUAAAUAGAUGAUCAUUCAUUUAAAAUAAGACAACCUUGGAAUUCGAAACCUUAUCUUUUAUCCUUGAGAAUCCAAUAAGAUCAAAUAAAAUAAAAUCUAUUAGAGAAUGAUUCUAAUAAGAUUACUGAGAUACUUAAAAGAUUAUCUCAAGAAAAAGUUCUUAGUAAAAAUUCUAUAAAUUUGAUUAAGGAAGCUUAUGAUAAAGGCUAUGUGACAGAUAUCUAAAAUCUUGUAAAAUUUGCAUAAAAUUCGAGAAACCCCAUUGAGGAAUCUUACUCUCAAAAAUACAUAGGACUUCAAGAUGGUACAUUGGGUAUCUAAACAUCAAGAGUACCGAUUCCAUAAAGGCUUUAGAAGUCUUAGAGUGUUUCAAGGAUUGAACAUUAAAUAAGGCUUAAGUAAGCUAAGCAAGGAAACCAUGUUAAGAGAAGUAGCUUAACAACUAUUAAAUAAGCAAACCCGCAAUAAAAAUCUUUAGAAUCAGUUUAAUAAUAACCAGAAUAAAUUUAAGAUAAUGAAAUCAUCUAAAAUUAAGAAAUUGGUACAAUAUUCAAGAGUGAAGAUAGAAAGAUAGCUGAGAUUAAUCAGGAUAUUCAAGAAGUAUAUUAUGAGAACUCAUAAGUAUAAAAUAUUGAUACUAAUUUCACAGAUUUAGACUCCAUACUUGAUACAGGUCGUCUUACCUCAUCUAGAGAAUCUCAGAAUAUUUAGUAAUAAAGGAAUUUAGAUUUUUAUGGGAUGAGUGAUUCAUAAACUCCAUUUUAAAAUGUACGAAUACAAAGAGAGAGUAGCAGGUAGUCAUUCAUCCUCCAAUAAAGGUAAUCAUCAGAUGAGAAAAAUAAGAUAUUUUUAGACAAAAACAGGCUUAUUAACAGCUAUGCUAUUCCAAAGAUUUUAAUUUCCCAAAAAAAGAUAAAAACUUUCUCUGAGAGUGAAAAAUUUUAUCUUGAACAUCCAGAAUAAGGAUAGAGUGAUAAAAGAGAAUCAGUUAAGAAGAGUUUAAUUUCAUUUCCAAAUCUUAUUGAGAUAAAUAACAGCCCUUAUAAGAGGAAGGGGUAUCUUUUGCUUGAUCAAUCUAAAAUAAAAAGACAGAAAGAUGUAGCUUAGAGAAAGUAAUAGUAAUCCUUAGCUAUUGAAUAGUUUCAGAAAAAUAAAAAUACAUAAUAUAAUGAGGCGGAUUAGUAAGUUCAAAGUACUCAAUCUAAUAUGAGUUCAUUGAGAAAAAAUUAGCGCUUAAUAGAUAGAAUUCUCAAAUUAGAUUAAGAAAAAAAGCGAUAUGACGAUUUAUUAUUUCAAAUAAAUGGAGGUUAAGAUUCUGUUGAUUCAUACUAUACAGACUAAUUGCUAAAUAGUCUGAAGUUGAAUCCGAUAUCUCAAAGAAAUUCAAUUUAAAAGCUUUUAGAUUUGAAGAGGUCAUCCUCCAAAUAAAAAAUUGAUCAUAGCACAUCUUUUUCAUAAAAUAACGAUAAAUUUUGA